AUGCACACCGUCCAUACGGUGGAGGCGGCGAUGCCUCAUCUCGAGAAGUCGGACGCGGGCUCCAUCGUGGUCAUCUCGAGUGUCUCCGGCAUCGAGAUCGACUUCGCCGCCGGCCCCUACGGCGUUUUCAAGGCGGCGCUGAUCCACUAUGCCGCCGGGCUCAGUCGGCAGCUCGCGUCCAAGGGUAUCCGCGCCAACUCGGUCUCGCCCGGCAACACCUAUUUCGACGGCGGCUUCUGGCAGGACAUCGAAAAAGGCAACCCGGACCUGUUCAAUCUGGCGUUGAGCCUCAACAAGACCGGGCGCAUGGCGACCGCCGAGGAAGUCGCUAACGCGACGGUGUUCCUGGCCAGCCCGCGCGCGAGCUUCAUCACCGGCACCAACAUCAAGGUGGACGGCGCGCUCACCAACAGCGUGCAGUAUUGA